GAUCUGAUCAUCUCUUAGAGCUCGCUGGCUAGGGUUUCACUAAGAGAAUGGACGGAGAAGAGCUCACCGAGCAAGAAACUGCUCUAUACGACCGCCAAAUUAGGGUUUGGGGCGCUGGUGCUCAAAGAAGAUUGAGUAAAUCUCAUGUUUUGGUAUCUGGAAUUAAGGGGACUGUUGCUGAGUUUUGCAAGAACAUUGUGUUGGCAGGAGUUGGUAGCGUGACUCUGUUGGAUGAUCGAUUGGUUACAACGGAAGCAUUCAACGCGAACUUCUUGAUUCUUCCUGAUGAAAAUGCUUAUGUUGGCAAAACCGUAGCUGAGAUUUGUUGUGAUUCACUUAAGGAAUUUAACCCUAUGGUCCAUGUUUCAAUAGAAAAAGGUGAUUUGUCAACAUUUGGCGUUGAUUUUUUCGAGAAGUUUGAUGUUGUGGUUAUCGGCUACAGUUCUCGUGCUACUAAGAAAGCAGUUAAUGAAAAAUGUAGGAACCUAGCAAAACGUGUGGCGUUUUAUACAGUUGAUUGUAGAGGCUCAUGUGGCGAAAUAUUUGUCGACCUGCAGAAUUAUAAGUACACAAAGAAAAAGCUUGAUGAAACAGUGGAAUGUGAACUAACAUUUUCAAGUUUUGAGGAGGCAGUUUCAGUACCAUGGAAACCGAUUCCAAGGAGAACAGCAAAGCUCUACUUUGCAAUGAGAGUGAUAGAACUAUUUGAGGAAACUGAAGGGCGUAAACCUGGGGAAUGUUCGCUGUCUGAUCUCCCAAAAGUCUUGAAACUCAAAAAGGAACUGUGUGAAGGAAAUUCGAUUAGCGAGAAUCAUAUUCCAGAUAGCCUCCUGGAGAGACUAGUAUCUGGUAACACAGAAUUCCCACCAGCUUGUGCCAUCAUUGGAGGGAUUCUAGGACAGGAGGUGAUAAAAGUUAUAUCGGGCAAAGGAGAGCCGUUGAAAAACUUCUUCUACUUUGAUGCAGAGGAUGGGAAAGUGUUCAUGCCAUUUACAAUAUUCUUCAAGCUCCUCGGUUUCAUAAAGAGAUACAAAGAAUCCGAGAAAGUCGACGGAAAAGUGGUCAUCAUCACCGGAUCUUCCUCAGGAAUUGGUGAGCACCUCGCGUAUGAGUAUGCUCGUAGAGGAGCAUACUUGACUCUAGUUGCUCGGAGAGAGGAUCGUCUCCAGGUGGUUGCUGACAGGUGCAGGAAGCUUGGUUCACCAGACGUUGCCGUGGUACGUGGUGAUGUCUCAGUCAUAGAAGACUGUAAACGUUUUGUUCAAGAAACCAUCUCUCGGUUUGGAAGAUUGGAUCACCUGGUGAACAAUGUAGGAAUUGUGGAGGCCAAAUUUUUCGAGGACUAUUCAGAAAUUUCGGAUGUUCUUCCCAUUGUGAAUACUAAUUUUUGGGGACCAGUUUACGCGACACAUUUCGCUAUACCGCAUAUCAAGAAAACAAAAGGAAAGAUCAUAGCGGUUGCAUCGCCUGCGGGCUGGUCUGGAGUGCCAAGGAUGAGCAUAUAUGCUGCAAGCAAAGCAGCUAUGAUUAACUUCUACGAGACUCUUAGGAUCGAGCUUCAUCCAGAAAUUGGUGUGACAAUCGUGUUUCCGGGUCUAAUCGAAAACGGAAAUACCAAUCUGGACCUUUUGGCUGAGAAACAAGAGUGGUCGCAAGUUGUGGCCAUUGAGUCAGCAGCGGUAUGCGCUAAAGCGGUUGUUAACGGAAUAUGUAGGGGAAAAACCUUUGUGGCAGAGCCGUCUUGGGUUCGUGUCCUGUUCUGGCUUAGUGCUAUCUGCCCUGAGCUUCUGAUCUCUAAGCCUAAAAGGAAUUAACCACUUGUAUCAAUACAAUAAAAACAACAAAAGUCU